AUGAGAGCACCUCAGCCAGCCCCCGCUCAGGCUCAAAUAAUUCCUAAUCAGGCAGACAAAAUUGCUGCUCUGAGGGCACGCAUCGCCGAGCUUGAACGUGGGGAUGCUCACGGCAACCAUACACUGGCCAGAGCUCCUCCACCCAUUCAAGCCUUGGUGGCUGACCCUGCAGCUAUCGACCAAGUUCGAGCAAGCCUGACCAACGCAAAGGAUGAGUCUAAACGACCCACUUUGCCUCUGCUACGUGCAGGCCAUAAAGUUAGCGCCUUAAGUCUACCUAUACCCACAAAGGUGGAGGAUGCAUUCAAGCAAUAUCGCUAUGUACCGUAUACGGCCCUGACUCAUGCGGCGCGCUCCAAAGCCUUCCUUCGUGGAGAUGAUUCGUCCUUUGUAUUCACGCAGGAGGGGCUUAUGGCCAAAGGUCUCGACCGCUCAAAUGAGCUUUUAAUCUUAACCGUUGACUGGAUAGCAGCGGCGAAAGCUGCUGAGGAGAGGACAGCUUUUCACUGGGGUGACGAGCGGGCUUCAGCUCUUACAUCGCACCACCUUGUAGUUCUUGAUAUUGGCUGCACCCAUGGCUGGUCAGUAGCCAUGCAUUACGAUGUGCAGCAGCAGGAGUUAGCACACACUAAUCACGAGCAUAAUCUCGCUGGGCUUGAUGUGGCAGCGCUUACACUGGCCAACAAUAAAAUGUCAUCUAUUUCUUUGCAUACUGCUCCGCCUGUUUCACCCAAUAAGCGAUCCGCCCCGAGUGACUUUCCAUCGUUGCCUCGUAAAUAG